ACGCACUACAUUACAUUGCCAAAGGAGUCGGAAAUCGCCAGUCGCUGCUGCUAUAAAUUGGCCACUCGAUGCUCGAAUUGCAUGCAUUAACUGCAAGCUCCUCGAACACACAGCACACCAGCCUAGUCCCAGCCACAAAAAACAAACUCCAACUCCAGCAAGAUGAAGUUCACCAUUGCCACCGUCGCCUUCUCCGUCGCCUGCCUGUUGGCCACUGCCUUGGCUGCUCCUCCGGCCAGCCAGCAGGAGGCGCAGGUGCUGCGCUUCGACUCGGAUGUGCAGCCCGAGGGCUACAAGUUCGCCGUGGAGACAAGCGACGGCAAGUCCCACCAGGAGGAGGGCCAGCUGAAGGACGUGGGCACCGACCACGAGGCGAUGGUGGUGCACGGCUCCUACUCCUAUGUCGGAGACGAUGGACAGACCUACACCAUCAACUACAUCGCCGAUGAGAACGGCUUCCAGCCAGAGGGCGCCCAUCUGCCCCGUGCCGUCCAGUAAAUCCCAUUCGAUAUGGAAAUCCAAAUGGAUUCCAGAGUCCCCAGCAACAAUGUGUUAACUAUGUUUAAGUUUUCCUCUCAGCAAAAAAUCAUCAUAAUAA